AUGUCGAUCGACCUGAACUGGGAGACAGUCACCGGCGGCCCUGACGGCCAGGAGCUUGCCGCCAAGAUCCGGGACUUCAUCCACACAAAGUUCCAGUCGGUUCCCUUGCCGCGCUUCAUCAAGUCGGUCACUGUCCACGAUUUUCAGUUCGGCAGCAUUCCGCCCGAGAUCGAACUCAAGGACAUCACCGACCCGUUACCAGAUUUUUAUGAGGACCAUGUCGACUCGGAUCUUGACUCCGAUGACUCCGAAAACUCGGAUGACCAAGAUGAGCUAGUCGGUACUGCCGCACACCUGCCGGACGACCGCCGGAGGCACCAAGCCGAGGCCGAGAAACCAUCAGGCCGCUCCCGGCCUCACGCUACCCAGCUUCCACAUCUCAACUUCGGCGGGUCCGGGGGCCCCGGAGCUGGGCACCCCCGCAACGGAGAUCCCGGCACCCAGUUUCUGCGCGUUUCUACCCCGGGCAUUCCAGGGGGCACGUCUAGCUUACACUAUUUCCAUUCCCACCUCGCAACCGGCCUCUCAGGGACCCAAACCCCGCUUGCCGCAGUAGCCGGCGCGCACCAUCUCAAUACUGCCAGUUGGCUCGAAGGUCACGGGCACAGCUCCUCAGUGCCGAACCUACCGCACUACGCCGCCAGCUUUGGCGUCGGCGUCCAGCAGCCGCACCCCCAGCCCAGCCACAGCCGGAACCCAUCGCAGAGCUCCAUCUCAGUCAGCGACUUCAGCCCUACCGUCGGCCUCACUCCCGCGCCCCCCCCGGCUAGGCCAGGCGUCGUCUCAGGCACGCCCACCACCAACCCAUCCUAUUUGCCCCCCAACAACCCUUCACUGCGGGAAAAACACAGCGUGUCAACACUCGCCCCAACCUCGGCGGGCACCGCCUCCCGCCCGCCAACCCGCGACGAAGCAGCAGCAGCAGCAGCAGCAGGUCUAGCCAGCUCCUCCUCCGCCAUCGCCGACGGUGACGAGCACAGCCAUAACCACAACAACCAGACCAACCCGGCCACCGACAGUAGUAGUAUCCCCCAACCCCAGCAACAACAACAACAAGAACAGCCCCGCCUCCGGGAGCGCCGCAUCGAGGACGUGCAGGCCGUUUUCCGGAUCCGCUACGCAGGCGACGUGCGGCUGCUGCUGACGGCCGACAUCCUGCUCGACUACCCCAUGCCGAGCUUCGUCGGGAUCCCCGUCCGCCUGAGCAUCACGGGCCUGACCUUUGACGGCGUCGGGGUGCUGGCCAAGAUCAGGAAGCGGGUGCACUUUUGUUUUCUCAGUCCUGAGGAUGCCGUCGCUGCUGUCGGGGGGGAGGAGGAGCAAAACGGAGGGGAUGAUGAGGAGGAAGAAGAGGGAGGGCAGCAUGGAAUUGGGGGUGGAGAUGGGGAUGGGGAUGGAGGGACCGGGGGAGGAGCUGCGAAAUUGGGAGGGUUGUUGCAGGAGAUUAGGGUUGAGAGUGAGAUUGGGCAGAGGGAGAGCGGGCGGCAAAGCUUGAGGAACGUGGGCAAGGUGGAGAGGUUUGUUCUGGAACAAGUCAGGAGGAUAUUCGAGGAGGAGUUUGUAUAUCCGAGCUUCUGGACCUUUUUGAUAUAG